AAAUAUAUCAGGUUGGCAUGUUUACAGAAAUGUAAGCAUUCAAAACGCAUCAUUCAUGUGCGUAUCAUCACAAAAGUUGAUUGGGAAUUGUUCAAAUCACUAAUGUGAGCAUGAGCAUGAGGAAGCAAGCCGCCGCCCACAAACCACAUAGUGUGGCGUCAUCUGAUGGUUAAUGAAGAAGAAAGCUGAGAGAUUACUCAAAAGGGUUCCUUUAUGAAGCGGUUUAGAGCAGGAAACACUAUGACAGAAUUGUAUACAUAUUAAUAUCAUGAAUAAAUGUUUGUGGUGUUUUUACAUCUCGACACCGCUCGCGCCCUGCAGUUCUCAGGAAGUGCCACCAGCUAAAGGUUUCAUUCCUGCAGGCUUACUUUCAUUCUGUUGUCACGGGUGAUCACAGAAAACACACACACUACACUUCAGCAACACGGGCUGUCACCGCCGAACAAUGUCGCACAACAACAGCGAUCAAGUUAAGGAAUGCUUCGGUCAAACAAGUAACGGUGGAAACACUGUUGAUCAUUCAUCAAGAGGAGCAUCCAGGACCCAGGGCUCACGGGAUCCCGCAGCAAAAGAGGCCACAAGCCAAACGGCAUCUUGUGAGGCUAGAGGCAAAACUGAUAAAACAAUGCCAACAACUAGUGAGAAAAAAGGUGAAGGGGGAGGAGAAAAACCGGGGACAUCUGCCGAGAAUGCAGAGAAAGGGGCCAAAAAAACCAUAUAUGAUGAGCAUAGAGACAAAAAGGGCCAAAACACAUCCUCAAAUACUGCAUCUGAAAACAGCAGGGGCUCAAACCAGCCUUCUCGAAGUGAGCCUAUGGACACGUCAGAUUCCUCGAGCUCAGGAACAAGACCAAAGCCUAUGAUAGUGCUGGGACCCACAUUUCCCAUCAAGAACCUCAAGACAAUGGAAAACUUCAGCUCAGAGCUCAACUCGCAAAUUCCCAUGAAAGGACAUACAGUACUGAUAGAUACAACGCUUUUCCAAAGGGAAAAGCUAAUUGUCCCCCAUGAAGGGAGACACGUUUGGGAUUCCCACCAUGUGAAGUUACCACAUCAACUGAACCAGAAGUCCCGCGCAUCACCCUCUCGAUGGGAUGCCAUUUGUCAAGCCUUGCACAGACUCACCAAAGGCAGUUCCUCUAUUGGGGAUAUUGAGGCCGCAAUAAUGUCUUACAAUUCCAGCAACAAAGACAAAUGGACAUUUGAUGCAUUCUAUUAUUACGGUCAGCGUUUACACGCAAUGGACAAUAAUCUCCAAAUGGUGAUCCCAAAGAUGGCGAAACUGGCACUUGAAUUACCUGAGCUCAUUAAACGGCCCAUUCCUCUACUGCGACAGCAACAGCCCCAUGCCUUAACAAUGACUCAGCAGCAGAUCUCCUGUCUGUUGGCAAACGCCUUCUUCUGCACCUUCCCUCACAGGAACGACACGAGCCCUGGUUCAGAAUACGCCAACUACCCGACCAUUAACUUCAGCAGCCUAUUUGAUAGCCGACAUGACGCAUUAAAAGCAACCCUACAGGCAGAGAAACUGAGAGCCAUAUUCCAUUACUUCAACACCGUGACUAAUGAAAGUCCGCAAGAUUCAGCAUCAAAACCAGAUGGACUGGUUACUUUUGAAAGGAUUUCCAUUCCACCAUCCCAGCUCCCCAACUGGAAUAAUCGGAAGGAACCCCUGAAGAACCUUCACAUCGCUUCAAAAGGAUCCAUUGAGGAAGAUGGUUUAGGCAUGCUACAGGUGGACUUUGCGAGCAAAUAUAUUGGUGGUGGAGUGCUGAAGUCAGGACUGGUUCAGGAGGAGAUCCUCUUCCUCAUGAGUCCAGAGCUCAUCGUGGCCAGACUCUUCACUGAGAAACUAGCAGACAAUGAGUGUCUUAAAAUCACAGGGCCUCAGAUAUACAACAGUACUGAUGGCUAUAGCAAAGGGUUUUCUUGGGUUGGUCCAUACAUCGAUCAAGUAAGGCGGGACGCGUGGAAGAGACGUUAUCGGCAGAUUGUUGCCAUUGAUGCUCUGGACUUCAAGAACCCGAGGGAGCAGUACACUAAAGAGAAUAUAAAACGAGAACUCAACAAGGCAUUUGUGGGAUUCCAAGGGAGUCCGAAAACAGCCAUCGCGACGGGCAACUGGGGCUGUGGAGCCUUCAAAGGGGAUCCUAAGCUCAAAGCUCUCAUCCAGUUGAUGGCUGCUGCAGUGGCUGAUCGAGACAUGGCUUACUUCACAUUUGGCAAUGAACAUCUAGCAUACGAAGUACAAAGAAUGCAUGAAAUACUGACCCAAAACAGAGUGACUGUGGAUAAACUGUACAAGUUGCUGACGGACUACUCUGGACACUACGAUCGUGAAUAUCACUCGCCUAAAGACCUGUACAGAUUCAUCAGAGAGAAGAUUGGCCAUAAGGAAAGCUUAUUGUAAAUAUGUCUGACUAAUAUGAGAUUCAUACAAGUUAAUUUCAGAUGAAAGUUUUCGGUUCAGCAGUAUUAAACGUAAAGCUGCUUUGAAUAGUAUCAGAUUUCUGAAGGAUCAGAAAAAUAAAGUAACAAUACUAUAAAAAAAACUGUAAUGUAUUUUUUUUUUUGAUACACGUGUGUCAUUCAAAUUGUUUAGCUUAAUUAAAAUGCUUUAUAGUUAUUCAGGAUUUAUAUUAUUAUUCUUAAAUAUAUAAUAUACAAUUAUUUCUAUUAAUAGUUUCAUCUGAUUAAGUGCACAUAUGACAUCUUCAUUAAUGUAAAAUAAACACUUU